UUACAAACCACUUCUGGUUCAUCCGUUUCAUUUAACGAUCUGCUUUCGCCCUUCUCAUUCUCCGUCACCGGCACGCUUUUUCCUCCAUGCGCAUAUGAAAACACUGCGCAUGCGCGUUUUACCCAUGUUCUAUCGCGAUAUUUCAUUUUCUUAUCAUUGCCCGACAUACCGGUAUUAUCGUAAACGGUAUGAUAUGGCCCAGCCCUAAUGGUGUGUUACUGUAUUCUGCUGGAAGUACCCAUCAGAAGAUGGUGUUGUCAUAAAAAGAGUCCACAAUAAUACUCAGGUCAGUCCCAGCAUUUAAACAAUGAUCAGUAAGAGGCCCAAAGUGUCCCAAGACUCAUCAGAUCAAGCAACCUUUUUCCAGUCUCUUUUAUCAAGUUUUGGUGAAUCCAUGUGGACUGCAGACUCAGUUUCCUGUUCUUAGCUGACAGGAGUGCCACCCAGUGUGUAUAGGCUACAGGAGGCCUCUGCUGCUGUAACCCAUUUGCUUCAAGAUUCAGAACUCCUCUUUUGCAUAUCUUGGUUGUAACGAGUUAUUUGAAUUACUUUUGCCUCCCUAAAGCAGUCUGGCCAUUCUGCCCUAAACUCUGACAUCAGCGAAGCAUUUUCACCCAUAGAACUGCCGCUAACUGAUUAUUUUUUGGAAAUGAGACAAGGUUGCUUGGAACCUAGUCUCAGUCUGCACUUGCAGAAGUUCUCAAGCUAGCACAACAACAAUGGCAAAAUUCAAAUUCACUUAAAUCAUCUUUCUUCCCCAUUCCGAUGGUCAGUUUGAACUUCUGCAAGUCCUCUUCCCCAUCUGCAUGCCUAAGUGCAUGCAAUAAGUCUCAUGCGCAUUAAUAAGCAGUUGAAUAUGUGUAGCUAAAACGUGUAAGUGUAAUUAAAUGUUAAAAAAAGAAAAGGCUGAUGGUGUUAAAUUAAUUAAACAUUUUUCUUUUUUCAUUUUGUCCAGAUAAUCACUUGGUUUUCAGGUUUUGUUACUUAGUCUGUCACUAUAAAAAUGUCAGUUUUCUUUUAUUGAGUUAACAAAAAAGUGAAAAAAGUGUAUUUGCGUUAAACAGUUUCAGCUGUUAAGGCUGAUGAGACAAAGUUAUUUGUAAUUUUUAAAGAAACUAAAUGAAACAUCCUGCAUUGAUGACUUAUUUUCUCCUUAUUUUGCUGUUGGGGUUACAUCGGGGAACAUCCACUUAGGAUAUGGGUUUUGUUGCUAACAUCUGUAUUCAUUGCUUUCCACAUGUGAGCCAAACAUCCCUGACACAUUUAAAAAGGAAGUAUUAAUGGGUCAUUGGUAAAAGCUCUUUGCAAACUUGUGAUAAGUUGCAGGUAGAAGAAAAUUAGAUGAAUAAACACAUUAAAAUCGAAAUCACUGUCAAAAAUCCUAGAGGAAAUAGAAGAAAAUACUAACAUGAGCCAUACAUGGCUAUGGUAUUAUUUAGGGACAAAUUACAAUAUUUUAAAACCACUUUUGCCUAAACUGAACGUAAAAGUUUAAUUUUGUGGAUAUACAAAAAUUCAUUUAAAUCUAAAGACCUUCAUAAAAUUCAGAAAAACAGAGACUUACAGUAUUGUAAGCUGUGGAUGAGCUGUAAUCUGUCAACCAUAUGGUAUCUGCCGCACCAUGGUCAUGUGAUUUCACACUCAGUUUGAGUCCAGAUUAUGACUGCCAAAAUCAAUAGAGGUGGGCACACAAUAUCUAAGUAAUUAUGGGAGCCAGUGGGGUUCUGGGAGUGCUGACAACACUGUUAUUGUGAAAGGACUGCUUCCUUUUCCAACCUUACAAAGAAAAAAAAAGUUCAAAGGCACGCCCUCCACCCUAAUGCUACUAAUGAUAAUUAUGUGAUACUAUUCAAUUCAUUUUUAUCUAUAUGGCACCAAAUCACAACAACAGUCACCUCAAGGUGCUUUAUAUUCAAAAUACUGAGAAAAGCCUAAUAAUCAGACAACUCCAAAUAAGCAAGCACUUGGCAACAGUGGGGAGGAAAACCCCCUUAUUUAACAGGAAGAAAUUUCCAACAGAACCAGGCUCAGGGAGGGAUGGCCAUCUGCUGUCAUUGUGAUGUAAGGGGAGGGAGAAAAGACACACUGUGGAAGAGAGCUAGAAAUCAAUAAUAAUGUUUAAAUGUGGUUAAAAGUGGUGUAUAAACACAUAGAGAGAGAAUAGAGGCGAGUGAAGAAGAAGUGCAUCAUGGGAAACCCCUAGCAGCCUAGGCCUAUUGCAUUCUAAGUAAGGAAAGGAAAAGUUUUCAGCCUAAUCUCAAUAGCAUCAAUGGUGUCUGUCCCUGAAUCCAAACUAGGAGCUGGUUCCACAGCAGAAGAGGGGCGUGAAAGCUGACGGCUCUGCCUCAUACAUUAUAUUUGUGCUGGUUACAGAGCUCCUAAACCACUGGUAGAGCUGAGAUCAGUCUUUCAAAGCCACGGUUCAUCAGAAGGUACUGUUAAAAAUAUUUCAGCUAUACUCAAUUGGUCAGUAAAGUUUGUACAUGAGAGGUGCUGGAGAAUUCAAAACUGCAGGCUGAUGGAGGGAGGAGCUCCAAAUAACACUGACAUGGCUGCAUAACAUUUUAAGGGAGGAAGUCAAGUAUGUCUUAUUGUCUGCGAGUAUAUAUGUCAUGUCAAAAGGGAAAAAAGAUCUUUUAAAUUAAAACGUUAGCAGUGUUGCUUUAAAUGCUGAAUACUCUGUGCAGUGUGUGGUGUGUAAAUGUUAAAUUUAGUCAGGCUGCCUCAGGAGGGCACUGAGUGCAGACACAGAGUCACAGUGAGAAAUACAUAGAGAGGAACUGGAAAAAAAAAAGAGUCAGCAUGAACCACAUAUAGUUGCUCCCAUAAUUGCAAAUUGUAUGGUUAACUUAACACUGCUGAAUUCCCAUAAACUAACUCUGAGGGGCAGAAAAAAGUAGUCAUAAUGUGUAUAGUCAACCUGCUUCUAGCCUGACUUCCAUUUGUUGUGCCCCAUAUAAGCAUAGAUCCUCUUUCAUCUCCAGCUCCACCCCGCUGGCAGCUCAGAGGCUUUAACAGGCAGAAAGGUGUUGAUUGUACUUAACCUGUAUGCUUCAUGCUGCCUCUCUGCUCUACCUGUUGGGGCUCAACUAUGUCUUGGUGAUUCCUGCAAACCCUGGGGAAUCUUUCCUUGGUGGCUGGUAGCACAGCUUUAUCUGCUACAAAAGCAGAAUAUCGGUAAUCUAGUGUAACAGUAUCUCCUGGGCAAUAAAUGAAAACUGAGUUUUUGUGUUCAUUUCAUUGUUUCACCCUGGCUUGUGUAAGUGUGUAUGUGCUACCCGGAACAUUAUAUUCUCAUGGGUGUGGUAGGUGUGAACUAGCAUCAAAAGCCUUGAGUCACAUCCUCUUGCAGCUUUUGUAAUACUUGUAGCCUGGCUUAUAUUUCAUAUAGAAAAUAUGUGAGUAGUUAGACAGUGAUGUUUUCUAAAAGUAGAGCCUUCUUUAUUUCUCUUUAAAAUAGUCGAUCAUUUAUCAGACCUUCCUAACUGCUGUAUGUGUGGGAUAGUCUUGUAUAAAUAGCACUGAGUGUUAGAAAGCUGAGUCACAACCCCCUCUCCCAAAAAAAUUUCUGUGACUCAUUUUGAAUAAUAACUUAUUUUCUAAAAUAUGAAAGCACGAACACUUCUCUUCUACUAUUCUAUAUUUGGUGCGGAGAGGUGGACAUGAGAAGCUGGGAAAUUAUAUGAAAUCUAGUGAAUGCCUUUUAUAGAAGUUUUUGUGACUGUGUGCUGUAGCCAUAGUGUUGUCCUUUACUGUCUUAUAGACAGGAGGAAAGUACAGGAUGAGGGCAGGAGGACACAAGGAAGGAAAAACCUGAAAACUAGACCACUAGGGGAGGGGAAAAGUCAGUUCUGUUAUGUUGUUUAUGUUUUAGUUGUAUUGAUAAUAAGCGUCAUAGUUUAAUAAAGUUUGACUCUUACUUCACCGCUCUAUAUUAGCAUUUUGAGUAUAAUUAAUUUCCAAAAGAGACAAAUACACUUUGGUCAGAAGAAGACUUGGUGUAUUUGGUUCUAUGACCUUGCUUGGGACAUGGAGAACAGGAACAAGACUCCAGCAAAGAACAAAGCAGAUUAAGUCCGACACAAUAUGGAAGGUGGAGUUCGUUUGGUCUUGGGUUACAGCAUGACGUGCAGAGAGCAGCAGCUGUCGUCAGGCUUAAGCAGUUUUUACCUAUGUAGGUCUAUGUGAAGUUUGCCAAAAAGGCAUAAAGAAUGGUAGCAAGUGAGGCAGCAGCUGAUGUGGUUUGGCAUUAAGCUGAGUUGCUGUCAGCUGAUAUACUGGGAUUGCAGACUGAGCUUGACUCUGUGGUCAGCCCAGUAAUGUGCUCAAUUUAAAGAUGAUUUUGAAAGCUUUUAUUCAGAAAAUUCCCACAGAUGUUGUGAUAGUGUAAACCUCGCUUUGGCAAUAACAAAAAGAGGACAUUGUGACAGUCCAAAUUAGAGUAAAAUUUCAUCAUUGUAGAGGGGAGUGUUACUGCCAGUCACAAAAAAAAAUUCUGAAUGAACUCUGAUGAAAUGUUUAUUUCCAGAAUUGUGUCUUUUGUCCCUCAUUGAUAGAGGUUUUGUAAUCCUGAAAGGUCAAUGAAUGAUUUGAGUAUGAAAAUUCACCAAUAUAUAUCAUACUAUGUAUACUAUACCCUGUGAAAUACAUAGAUAGAAAAUAACUCAAGUCGUUCAAACAUCCGUGUGAGAUUUUGUACCUUGAUUUGUAACAUGUCUAUAGCUUCCUAACAAAAAGGAAAAUGUGAUUACUCAGUAAUGCAUUAGCCAACAGUGCCUGUGCUUAUUCCUCUGUGGGCUGAGCCAGUGAUUUUCUCCAUUAUGUGUGAGUCUGCUUCAAAAUCUGCAACAUUGGAGAGCUUUUCAGCUAACUGCCUGCCACUGUUGUGUCAAAUGGACAAUGGAAUGGUUAGGCUAAUUUGUGCAGCAGGGGUUUUAUGAUGUUGAAACAAGCUGUCAGAGUGAGGCAGAUAAUAGGACAGAGAGAUCUGAUAUUGUGGUUCAGAUUAGGUAAUGUCCCUUUUCUUUAUAAAAAUAAAUAAAUAAAUAGAAGCUUGCUUUCAAGCCAACAUCCGACUGCAGCAUUUGGUCAUUUUGAAUUAAUAGAAUCUGUUAUUAACAAGCAAUGAAAAUGCAAAGCAAAGUAACACUCAAAACUUGGAUGGACAUAUCUUGAUCAUAGAUUAUCAGAAAAAGUGGGAGGAAGGCGCAAAAACAAAGGGGAUACUUUGCAGGGAGGGAGAGUAAGAAACAGCGAGAAGAGAGCGUUUGUGCUUGCCUCGGAAUAAAACCAGACAGGAAAACGCUGGCAUGCAUGUGAGGAAUGGGAAGCGAGGGAGAGAGCAAAACAGGGAGGGCAGGACGGAGAGAGAGGAUAAGGGAGGGCUGCUCUCAGCAUCAUCUGACAGGAGAGAGGCUGAUCUCCGACAGCAGGUGUUGGAGGAUAGAGAGUGAGUCAGACAAACGGAGAGAGCGAUACAUAGAGGAACACCAAGUUGUUGAGGAGAGAUUGAGCUGCAAGUGAGCCAGUACUACAGGCGGUCCACCCAGGAAGUGGCUGACUGGCAUCUCGAGAAACAAGAUGGAAGGAUCCGUCGUAUCUCUGAUGAAGUAGAGCCCCCACUAGCACACUCCCGCCCUCCAUUUCUUUCCCCCUCACUUUCAAAGACCUCGGACCUGUUUGCCAUGAUCGAGAGGUUGCAGGGUUACAGAAUGGAUGAGCAAAGAUGUCCCCUCCCUCCUCCCCUCAAAACAGAAGAAGACUACAUCCCUUAUCCCAGCGUUCAUGAGGUUCUGGGUCGCAGCAGUCCUUUUCCACUCAUACUCCUGCCCCAGUUUGGAGGCUACUGGAUUGAGGGGACCAAUCAUGAACCUAAAGACCCACCAGAGGCAGAUCAACCUCCCUGUCCUACCUCCCACAUUAAACUGGAAACAAACAGUACUGCAAAGAUCUACAGGAAGCAGUUCAUGGGCAAGGAACACUUUAAUUACUACACCAUGGAUGCUGCCCUGGGCCACUUGGUCUUUUCAAUGAAGUAUGAUGUCAUUGGGGAUCAAGAGCAUCUGCGCUUGAUGCUUCGCACAAAACAAAAAACUUAUCAUGAUGUGAUUCCCAUUUCCUGCCUUACUGAGUUCCCCAACGUGGUUCAGAUGGCCAAGCUUGUUUGUGAAGAAGUAAAUGUGGAUAGGUUUUACCCUGUCCUCUAUCCGAAGGCAUCAAGGCUCAUUGUCACCUUUGAUGAGCAUGUAAUUAGCAACAAUUUCAAGUUUGGGGUUAUUUAUCAAAAGUUUGGUCAGACAUCAGAGGAGGAGCUAUUUGGGAACAUGGAAGAAAGUCCAGCCUUUGUUGAGUUCUUGGAGUUUCUGGGCCAUAAGAUUGAACUUCAUGACUUUAAAGGUUUUCGGGGGGGACUCGAUGUCACUCAUGGCCAGACAGGGACAGAAUCCGUCUACACAAAUUUUCAUAAUAAGGAGAUCAUGUUUCAUGUGUCCACUAAACUGCCUUACACAGAAGGAGACUCACAGCAGCUGCAGAGAAAGAGACACAUAGGCAACGACAUUGUGGCCAUCGUGUUCCAGGAGGAAAAUACGCCCUUUGUACCAGACAUGAUCCAGUCCAACUUCCUGCAUGCAUAUGUGGUGGUGCAGGUGGAAAAUGCAUGUACAGACAAUGUCACCUACAAGGUUUCUGUGACAGCAAGAGAUGAUGUACCCUUCUUUGGGCCUGCUUUGCCUGACCCUGCCAUCUUCAAAAAGGGCCCUGAGUUUUAUGAGUUCCUCUUCACUAAACUCAUUAAUGCAGAAUACGCCUGCUACAAGGCUGAGAAGUUUGCCAAGUUAGAGGAGCGAACUCGUUCGGCACUUUUGGAAACACUAUAUGAGGAGCUGCACAUAAACAGUCAGUCCAUGAUGGGUCUGGGUGGCGACGAAGAUAAGCUGGAGAAUGGGGGUGGAGGAGGUGGAGGAGGAGGAGGAGGCUUCUUUGAAUCAUUCAAGCGGGUCAUCCGCAGCAGAAGCCAAUCUAUGGACGCCAUGGGCCUCAGUAACAAGAAGUCACACACAGUCUCCACUAGUCACAGUGGCAGCUUUACCCACAAUCCCGCAGAGAGUCCCAAAACCCCAGGGAUUUCAUUGCUUGUCCCAGGGAAAAGUCCCAGUAAAUAUGGACGUCGAGGCAGUGCCAUAGGGAUAGGAACAAUAGAAGAGUCAUUGAUCAUUCCUGGGAAAAGCCCAACCAGGAAAAAGUCUGGGCCGUUCAGCUCCCGUCGCAGUAGUGCUAUUGGCAUCGAGAACAUCCAGGAGGUCCAAGAGAGGAGCCGAGAAGUAUCACCCAACACCCAGAGGACACCAGAGAGUAGCCACAUGUCACAGGAAAACAAAUCAGACAACUCCUCCAAUCACAGUUCUCCAGAGUUUCCUACCACAAAGAACAGUUUGGCAAUGUGUUGCAGGGCACCAUCUAUCCCUGAGGCGCAGGACCUUUCCCGCUCCUCCUCCAAUGCCAGCAGCUUUGCCAGCGUCGUGGAGGAGCAUGAAGCAGAAGAGGAGUAUGACACUGGACUGGAAAGUGUGUCGUGUGUUACACCAGUCAAAAAAGAUUCAUUUGUGUACAGCUCUGGGGUGGAGGACAGUACCAGCCAAGGAAAUCUUCCAGCAGCUUCACGUCUCCAGCAACAACCGGACGCAGCGAGGACAUUAGAACCAAAAGGGACAGACAGCCGGUCAAAGAUGGAGCGCACUCAGCAGGAGCACAAAUUCUCAUCGAACUGUUAGCCACUCUGUCGCCCCGUCAUUGACAUCCAUUUUUCAGCAUUCCAAUAAGGAGCAUCUUUGUCUAAAAGAAGCAAGCCAAGGGCAUGUCAACUCCAUCAAUGCAGAAAAGGAGCAGUUAGAAGUCAGAUCAAGCAACUGACAGAUCAUACUUUUUAUGUUUGACUUGGAUCUGCUGCGUGACAUGACAGACACCCAGACACCUACCUACCACCAUCUCCAUGCGAAAACCUCCGUUUUGUUCAGUACAAAGGAAAAGGACCUCUGCACUCAUGCAGCAUCUCUCAGCUGGCAAUGCACAGUACAUGUGCCCGCCUUCUCAUUCUUCAGGCCAGUAAGCUCCGAAACCUAAUUCUUACUGUAAAAACUCAAAGAUCGGGAUUCAAAUAGAGAUUUAAUCUUGUCACUGAAAGAGUGGUUAAAGAAAUCCACACAGCCGGUGUUUGUUCAGCCUGUAAAGAGUUGAACUACAGAAGAAAGCUUUGUUUUUUAAUGUCAAACUCACAUCCCACUGUGAUAUUGGUUUGACUUUGAUGUAUCAGGUGUAUGUGGCUGCAUCUAAGGCCGCAUUUUGUGUUUAAAUGUUGAUGUAUUCUUUUCCGAGUAUUCUUCAGUAGAUAUUUGUUGUGUUUUACAACUUCAGCAAGAGUAUGUCAUGUUUUAAUCAAGGGUACUUUCAUGAUGCUGUUGCUGGUGGAUGUAAAAACUAUUAUUCACCUUUCUCAUUUUUAAUUGAUGGGUUACAUAUAAAAGACAAAAACUGUGCCACAGUGAAAACGAGACCUAUUUUAAGAGAAACGUUGACCCUAUUGGUUUAGUUUAAGACAAAAGCAGAGCUACUGUAGUGCCCAAACCAGCGACACGCAUCAUCAAAUUUGCAAACUUAAAGCAGUUCUUUGAACUUUUCAAAGAUCUUUUUCACACCCCAUUUGUUGAUGUCUGUGUACAGGUGUGUAUACAGCAGUAAUGUGUACGGUGUAAAUCUGCUUGUCAAAAUCCUCUCCUCUGUAAACUGGUGCCAUGCUUGACAUAAAGGUGUUGUCCUUGUGAUUUGUGUUUUACCGAAAAACCAGCCGACAUCUCCAGAUGCAGUGCACACUGCUAAUAGAGAGCCAAAUGUCAAAGUUUCCUACUUUGUAUGUAAAGUGUAAUAUAUGUAUGUGACUUAAACACUACAUUUUCAGAGAUACUUCUGAACGUUGACCUUUUUGAAAAACCCGAUUUGUUGCUGAAAGUAAAUUACACUGUGACUCGUCUUGAAGUUGCCUUUAUGACUGUCAUGUGAGCUGCUUUAAAGAAGGGUUAUUUUUAAAGGCACUGUGCUGCUGCCUGAUUGCUUGAAUGUAAAAUGAGGCAGAGAUGGAUUCAUUUGUACAUAUUUGCUCACAAUAGUUGUGCUGUUGAUUCCUGACGACAGUAAACUUGAGCCUGAAGCAGCUCAGCUUACAUGAGCAGAGAAGCUUUGUUUUUUUGUUUUUUAAGUUAGUUGUGAAGGGAAAAGCUCAUAUAGGGAUGAUUUAUUUCAGUGACAUGACUGAAGCAGACCUUUGUCUUUUGUGAAUUAACGACAGCAUUUAUAGUUAAAGAGACAAAGUUUAAAACACUGGACCAAAUGUACUGUUUAAUGUACUCAUCAAGUUGUUUAUAGCAUAAAUCACUCUCAAUACAACACAUGCACAGAAAAACAUAGACAAAUGUAACAGUAACACAUGUCAGUUACAGCCUUUCAGAAUCAUUUAAGGAAGAUGUAUUCAAAUCAUUUUUCCUCCUGAAUCCUUGAGUAGAUAAAGCCUGCCCUCGUGUGGCUCUGAGUUAUUAUAGCACAUCACUAUGUGGUACCAUCAUCUAUCUGUGCUUGCACUGUAUGCUAACCACAACACUGGAAACCAGUCUUCUCUGUGCUUGAUUCAAAUGAUUGUAUUGAUUCUUGUCAGUUUGCUUAAGCCCUUGUUUAAAAGAAACGUUUGUACAUAUAGCUUUUUUUUUGUAAAAUAAGCUAACUAAAAAGUUUAAUAAAGAUGAAAAUGCAUAAAGUGAAUAAAGUUUCAUUUCUGCAAUAAAAAAAAAAUCAUGUUUGCCAUUUAAGUAUUUCUGUGUGAGAAUGAAGCACAUUCAAUAUAAAAUGAUUGAUAAGAAACUGAAAGGCAUUCCUCAUUCAUGAAGGCAGAGAUGAUUCUCUGUAAGGCUUUAAGGAAGCUGUUUUCCAAGUUAUCUAAUACACCAACCUAACCACCACCAUCUGCUCCUUUUAAAGUUAAAUCCCCCAAAUUUUUAUGAAAUCCAUUCCCAGACUGGAUACCAAAUACAUGUUUUAACAUUCUGUAAGUACAUCUUUGUAUAUAUGUAGAUUUGUUAGUAUCAUCAUUUAGUUAGUCCACCAUUGCAUCACUGUUAACCGAUUCCAUUUCGAGGCACAUGAAACAUAGCAUGCAUGCCUUACUUACCCUGUUUACAGUGUGUCAGAGCUACAUUAAGAUACUGUUAAUGCAAUGUAGUCUGUUCCCACAGCUGUUUUCAUCAUUCUCUGCAUGACAUUA